AUCCAAUUUGUCAAGGGAAGUAACUCUGAGAAACCAAAUGUCAGAUUGAAAUAAAUACUCGUUUCCAUUGAAUAUGGCUUGCCUAGGAUGUUGCAAGGCUAUGAGGCCACGGUACAAGAGGCUGGUGGAUGACAUUUUCCCUGUAAACCCUGAGGAUGGCCUAGUAAAGAACAACAUGGACAAGUUGACAUUUUACGCCCUGUCUUCCCCGGAGAAACUAGACCGCAUUGGAGAAUAUCUGGCAUCCAAACUGAGCCGUGAUGUUUACCGGCGCAGAAUCACCCUGGUGAAGAUAGCAAUGGACGCCCUUGACCAGCUGCUUGUGUCAUGUCACGACUACUCACUCAACCUGUUUGUUGAAAGCUUCCUCAAGAUGGUGCAGAAACUUCUCGAGUGUGAUGAGCUGGAACUCCAAGUCCUCGGCACACUUUCCUUUGUAAAAUAUGCCAAUAUCGAAGAGGACACUCCUUCAUAUCAUCGCCGCUACGAUUUCUUUGUGUCAAAAUUCAGUGCCAUGUGUCAUAGCUCGGAGGAGAAUGAGGCUGACAGAUGCAAGAUUCGGACUGCUGGAUUAAAGGGAAUACAGGGAGUUGUAAGGAAGACGAUUACAGACGAGCUCCAGGUGAACAUUUGGGAGCCAAUCCAUAUGGACAAGAUUGUUCCCUCUCUCCUCUAUAACAUGCAUGACCCAAGUUUCCCGCCAGUGGAAGUGGAGAGCCCACGUGAAGAGGAACACCCAGCUCAGGUCGCAGAAACCGUGUUCAGAGAUCUCAUUUGUCGUGCAUCAUACAACAACCUUAAACCUGUCCUUAGACCAAUUCUUUUGCACAUGGACAACCAUUCAUUGUGGACCCCCAAUACGUUUGUGACCAGAUGUUUUAAAAUCGUCAUGUAUUCAGUGCAGCAACAAUAUGCAUAUGUGGUGAUCCAAGCACUGAUGUCACACCUUGACAAACAUACGCGAUCACCACCGGAAAUUAAGGCAGCUAUUGUGGAGGUCCUAUAUGAGUCUGUGUUGAUAGCGGCUGGAGCAUCUGUUGGUCCGUCAGUGCUGGACGUGUUCAAUACCUUAGUGAAACAUCUCCGUAUCUCCCUUGACAACAAAAAUCAGGACAAGGCUAUACGCACGCAGGAGAAGAAAUUUGAGGAGGCGCUUAUUAACACUAUAGGCCAAUUUGCCAACAAUCUACCAGACUAUCAGAAAAUUGAGAUCAUGAUGUUUGUGAUGGCCAAAUUCCCGCAGUUCGCCCUGGAAGAGGAUUAUGGUUCUAAUUCAAAUGAGGUACAUAUGGAUGCUCAGCUGCAGACGAUGCUCCUAAAGACUUUACUGAAGGUCGCCACUAAGUACAAGACAGUGAACAUGUCCAACGCGUUUCCCCAAGAGUUCCUCCAGCCAUUGUUACGUAUGUCGCUGUUCGAGGAGGCGGGCAUGAGAAUCAUCGUUCAAGAGAUCCUGCACACACUCAUAGACAGACACGAAAACUCACAAAAAUUCAAACAUGUUGUAGUAAUGAAGGAUAUAUCCAAAGCUGGCAUUACACUGGAAAAGGUUUCCAGAUCUGAUACACUCUUUAUUAAAAAGUACGGGAUGCAGAUCUACUGGUACCUGUGUGAGAAUGUUAAGCUGGAGAGUAACAAGGUGGACAAUUUCGAGGCGCUGUUCUGUACAAUGGCCCUUAUCACCGCUGAGAUGGGGUGUCGGGACAUCGUGGCUGACCUGGUUCGACUGGCUCUCGAUAUGCAGAAUAUCUCCUCUAACAACUUGAGCCUACCUCUGACCCACAAGUGUGCUAUACAUGCACUGGUCGGCGGUUUCAUGUGUCUACUGGCCCAAAUCUGCGAAAUACCAGCGCUUCAUCAGUAUUCUCUAGAGGUCUUAGACCAACGGAAGCAAAAGGCGGAACACUUGCUGCCAGAAUUUGCUUUCAACAGGAAAAAUAGACCUACCAGUUACCCAGAGACAGAGGUGAUACAAAGUGGGUGGCUGUUCCAACAAGAGCAGAUCUCAGAUAUGUUGGCUAAAGAAGAAAUAGACACAGGACGCCUAGCUACCCCAUUUACGCAGAAACCAUUUGGUGUUGCUGAUAUGGAAAGCAGCAGGAGCAUUAUUAGUGACAUCAACUCUAUUGCCCUGGAUUUCGAUAGCCCAGAGACAUCGCCCCAUCCUGGCAGAAGACACGAAAAAGAGGAAGUCACUGUUGAAUCUUUGAAGAAAUUACUUGCUGCUGAUAGUUUGAUAGGCAAGGAGGAAGAGGAGAAACGCCGAUUCGAGAUAAUCCACACAUUCCAGACUGCCCCGUUCGAGGAGAUAGUUGCACGAUCAGAGGCAAAGUCUAACCUUUUCCAUAACAAGCUGAAUGAGAUUCUGUCAAUGGUAACACAGGGCUCCGAAAGUCCAGGGACGUUACGUCGCAACGGAGAACAACCGCCCACAGUGUUCGAUAUUCAGUAUCCAGAACUAUAUGUGUACUAGACUAGAAGUUGUAUAGUUAGUGGCGCUGUUAAUUUGACAGUGUUAAAUAGUGAUGAGCGCAUUUGGACAGUGAACAACCCCCCAGUAUUUGACAUUAAGUAUCCGGAACUCUAUGUAAAUGAGACGAAAUAUUAUAGGCAUAAGCCCUGUUUUUAUAUUUAUUGACAUCAACAUGAAACAGUGAACAAUAUCCCACAGUGUUUGACAUUAAGUAUCCAGAACUCUGUGUAAAUGAGACAAAGGAUAACAGGCUUUGACCCUAUUUUUAAAUUUAUUGACAUAUAUAAUGAAACUGUGAACAACUUUCCAUGGUGAUUGACUUUAUCUUGAACUAUACUAUGCUUAACAGUGGUGUUCAGGACCUGGAUCAAAAGACUACAGGCAAUGUUUCAUGAUGAGAAUGCCGUCAAUGCCAGAUACAGAAGUUUGUUCACCUAUGUUAAAUGUCAGUGGUGCAACUGAAGCAUUUACAAGUGUGUGUUAAAGAAAAGAGAGUUAUGUUAACUAGAUAUGAGAUUAAACAGUUGGCUUUCAUUGGAUUCCCGUGGUACCAUGUGUACUGUAACCCUAGUGCCUACAUUAAUUGUCGUGUGAAGAACUUAUCAAAUCCUGGGAUGAAUCAAUCUAAGAAAUUAAAACUACUAUAAUAAAUAUUAUUACUGUUAAUUAUAUUCUAUGACCUACUGUUUAUGUCGAUGUUUAUAAGAAGUAGUUGUUGGUAAAUGGAGCAUAUUUAGUGAGUCAUUCCUGUAGUGUGACACUUAUAUAAUUUAUGUUAUUGAAUAUUUUUUCUAAAGAUAUCGUUAUUAAGUUAUUUAAAGAUAAAGUAUAAAUGAGCUCAAAUACAUGUAUAUUUAAAGCCAUAUAAUGCCACUAACGGAAAAAAAAGAAAUAUUUUACCAAGUCAUAUUGACUAGUAAUUAGCCUUCUAAAUGAUUAAGUCAGCAGGCUUGGCUCAGCGAAGUGUUCAAUGUGCAAUGCCACGCAAAUGCCUUUAUAUAAGCCAAUGCAUAUGCUUGAGCUUCUAAAUUACUCACUUGAUAAAACAAAUUGAUGAGUAAAUUGUAACUUUACGGUUGUUUUCGUCACUCUUAAAAUAGAAAUCUGGUGGUCUUAUAAUCUGCUUAAAGUGACACUCUUAUUCAAAAUCAAUACAUAAACAUGUAUAACAAACAUCAAUUUUGAGUGAUAAACCUUCAACUACUUACUAAAUAAUGCAAUUAUGGAAAAUAUUAAUUACUGAAAGCAAGAUUGCAACUGUGUAUUUAACAGCGGAAAGCGCAAAAAUAUUAAAUGAUUGGUGAAUGCUAAAAGAUUUACUGUGAUCUACUAUACAUUUUUAAGGUAGAAAUACCCUGUUUUAUUCACAUUUCUUUCAAAUUUAAUUCGGUAUCCUUUAUAAGAACCAUUGUUUUCGACAUUUAAUCAUAUUUAAGGACUGUUAAAACAAUAUUUUUAAUUAUGGUAAAUCUUACUUGGGAAUAAGAGUGCAUCUUCAAUGGAUGUUUUGGUUGUCAGAUCUCUUUUAAAUGAUAAAAUGUGAAUAUGUUCAGCGAUUCCCUUGGCAGAGGCAUGGGCCUGAACACUCAAUGGCUCAAGUGCUUUAACCCUUUGCAUGCUGGGUAAAUUGUCGUCUGCUCAAAAAAGUCGUCUGGUUUAUUCUAAAUUUCUUUCAAUUUACUUAAAACUUUGGGGAUAUAUUGACCGAGUUACUCGGCGUCUGGUCUGGUUCCAAGCUGUUUGCAAAGCCUUUAAAAUCGCCAUCAGUAGCUUAAGGGUUAAUGAAAGGUUGUUUCAAUACUUUGUUAUCAGUAACAGACCAUAGUGAAAAAAUACAUUGUCAAAAGUUGAUCAUUUGGACUCAAAGUGGUUGAUAAUAGAUUUUUUUAAAGCUAUUCUGGUAGUUAAAUCAUAUAAGAACUUUUAUUUGAAUGUUUAAGAUAAAACUAGGAUUUUUUGCCAAUGACAAGUGUUUUAACGCAAAAAUAGCUCUUUUGAUGUACUUGACAACCAAUUAGGGUAGUUUUUUAAAAGCAAAGGUCAAAAUUCUGAUUGACUAAAUAUCAUUUCCUAUCAUUCAUGAAAAUCAGUUAGAAACAAAAUUUGGCAACUGAUCUUUUACAUGCAUAUUUUCAGUUUUAAUUAUGAUUAAUCAAACUAACCAUUCUGAUUAUUAUUUUAUCGUUGUAAGCUGAUGAGAGUGAAUGUUUUAUGAUUAUAAGGGUCUACAUGCACAAGAUUCUUAUGUCUCAAAACAUCCAAAGUCCUUUAUUUCUGGAUUAAGCUAAGAUGAAUAUUUUUGUUUGGGUAUUCUUUGUGUUCAAUUUACAUUCUAAAUAGAUUUUGGACUUUGAAGGGAAAUUAUCAUUAUGAUAAUCGCAAUAAACUUAUUCUUAUUUUAUAAAAUAUAGAUUAAGUAAGAAACUAAUCUUAAUGAAAUAACCUUUUUAGGCUUGUUUCACUUAAUAACUAUCCACAUAUUUGGGCCAGAUUCAAAUUUCUCAUAGUGUCUGAAUGUAACGGGUUUAUGUAUCAUAUUUCUUUUAGUCAAAUGACCAGCAUAAAGCUGAUUUUUUUCAACCAAAAUUAAGUAUAUCAUGAAAUUCUUUAAAUAUUUUCAUAUUUAAAACUCAUCAAUCUCUUUAAACGGAGAAAAGUACUGAAUUUUUUAUUGGAGGGAAAAUAGUGAGUUAUCCUGUUUUAAGGGAAUUAAGAUUGUUCAUGAAAUCAGAUCAUGAGUGCUAACAGUGUUAUAGUUUUGUUCUGAAAUUCUUUUAUAAUUAAAUGGGCAUUGCUAUGAUUUUGUUUCAAAUUUACUGUUUGGGCUGUGACUGUCAUUCAAAGGUGCAAUAUUUGAAUUUAUGAUGUGAUGAGAAAUAAAUUAUUUAAAAAUGAA